AUGCUUUGCUCAAGCCUCAAGACUCUUCGGGCGAUGGUGAAAGCCCUGAGUUACUCAGCUUGCCCAAACACUGCUUGGGACACUCGAAAGGGCACCGCUUUGUUGGGUGCGGCCGAGAUGGCCAACGUAAGUCACAUGAAGUCUGAGAGAAUCUGGCGUUUGCUCAACAUUUUGCAAGACAUGGCUUGCUACUUUCCAGUUCUUCCCAAUUCUGUGGAUUUGAGCUCGAGCGCAUUCCAUGCAUUUCCACUUGUAGUUACCUUUGGGCAACUCGCUAUGUGCUCCCUGCAAAGCACCGGAGACGAAGCCCGAAGUCUAUUCUCGUCAUGGCUUGCGCUACUUUCUCUUUCUCCUUAA